GGGGGGGGUCAACCCUGACAUCUGCUUCCAUCCACGCUGCAGGAAGAACCGUGUGUUGAGGAGGAUGGACGUUUGAGUCGAGGCUCCAGGAUCCUGGUUUCUGAUCGGAGCUCCAUGUCUGACGCAGACCUCAUGAAGAGUGGGGGACCAGCCGGGAGGAGCCCCGAGUGCCGCUCGCCUCCGCCUCCGCCUCCGCCUCCACCUCCCAGGAUGGAGGUGCUCCGCCCCUCCAAGGUGAAGGACUGCUCUCAGAACGUCACAGAGAAGGUCACUCAGGUUCUUUCUUUGGAGUCCGACGUCCUCCCUGAAUAUAAACUCCAGGUUCCGGAGACGACGUGGUGGAUCAUGCUGCACUACAGCCCGUUCAAGGCCUUCUGGGACUGGAUCAUCCUCAUCCUGGUCCUCUACACGGCCGUGUUCACCCCCUACUCGGCCACCUUCCUCCUGGACGAGCACAGGGAGUCCCGCCGGAGGAACUGUGGCUACACCUGUAACCCCCUGAACGUGGCCGACCUCAUGGUGGACGUGCUCUUCAUCGUGGACAUCGUCAUCAACCUGCGGACGACGUACGUGGACCAAAACGACGAGGUGGUCACCCAGCCCGGCCGGAUAGCCAAACACUACAUCAAGGGCUGGUUCCCCAUCGAUCUGUUCGCCGCCGUCCCCUUUGACCUCCUCAUUGUUAGGUCCGGCUCUGAUGAGAUGGCGACCUUAACCAGCCUCCUGAAAACAGCUCGGCUGCUUCGCCUGGUCCGCGUGGCCAGAAAGCUGGACCGGUAUUCUGAGUACGGCGCCGCCGUCCUCUUCCUGCUCAUGUGCACAUUUGUGCUCAUCGCCCACUGGCUGGCCUGCAUCUGGUACGCCAUCGGCUUCGUGGAGAGGCCGUACACGGAGACCGGUUGGCUCGACAACCUGGCCGAGCAACUGGGGAAGGCCUACAACGACAGCGACGCCACCUCCGGCCCCUCGGUCAAAGACAAGUACGUCACCGCCCUGUACUUCACCCUGAGCAGCUUGACCAGCGUCGGGUUCGGUAACGUGUCACCGAACACCAACUCUGAGAAGAUCUUCUCCAUCUGCGUCAUGGUCAUCGGAUCCCUCAUGUAUGCCAGCAUAUUCGGGAAUGUGUCGGCUAUCAUCCAGCGGCUGUACUCCGGUACGACCCGCUACCACACCCAGAUGCUUCGGGUCAAAGAGUUCAUCCGCUUCCACCAAAUUCCAGGUGGUCUGCGCCAGAGACUGGAGGAAUACUUUCAGCACGCCUGGUCCUACACAAACGGCAUCGAUAUGAAUGCUGUGUUGAAGGGGUUUCCACAGUCCCUGCAGGCCGACAUCUGUUUGCACUUGAACAGGUCUCUGUUGCAGAACUGCAAAGCUUUCCGUGGAGGCAGUCAAGCAUGUCUGCGGGCCUUAGCCAAGAGGUUCAAGACGGUCCAUGCGCCACCAGGAGACACUCUGAUCCACUAUGGAGACAUCCUGGACUCCCUCUGUUUCAUUGCACGUGGCUCCAUCCAGGUCAUCAGGGACGACGUGGUGGUAGCCAUAUUAGAAAAGAAUGACGUCUUCGGUGAGCUCAUCCACCUGUACGAUGAGCCGGGGAAGUCCAACUCAGACGUACACACCAUCACCUACUGUGACCUGCACCGCAUCCUCAGGGAUGACCUGCUCGAGGUCCUGGACCUCUACCCGAGCUUCGCGGACGACUUCUGGAGGAACCUAGAGAUAACCUUUGACCUAAGAGAUGCUGAUCAAGUGCCGCCAAUAAUAAUGUCAACAACAGAUGAGUCUGGCGACGACUGUGGAUAUCGCCCCAGUAAACCGAGGCACAGACUCCACUCACUGGACUGUCGGAUUAGGCCAGACGGAAUCGAUCACGAAGACUCGUAUCCACGUCGGUCCUUCCCUCGGUCGCCUCCUCAGGACCAUUGCAGCUACGGAUCCCCAUGUUCACAGUCGAGCGAGGACCUGACGAAGCCUCUUGUCCACGGUGCGAAAGUCGAGCUUUACCCUCCAGAAGAGGCCAAACGGGAAUACUCUCCGCCUGUGGUGCAACUGCUGCCCCCUAGUGGCAACUCAGUAGGGCGGGAUGCCUCCUUAGAUCUGGGCCACCAAGCCUCCUCUUUGAACGUGCCGGGCUUGUAUCGAUAUUGGCCAGAACGACAGUCGCAGCAGUUUUCCAGUCGUACCUGGCGAUCUUCUUCCGCCCGCAAUUCAUACCACCCACCGCCGUUCACAGAAGAAAGGCCCAGUGAGCUCCAGUCUCGUCUAGAAGUUCUGCAUUCACAGCUAAACAGAUUGGAAACUCGUAUGACAGCUGACAUCAACGUUAUUCUGCAGCUUCUCCAGAGGCAGAUUGUUCCCGUACCUCCGGCUUAUAGCACUGUAUCGUCUAGCACCCUCCCCACUGAUUCCCCCGGUCUGUACGGCGCUGGAAAUCCAGUUCUUCACAGCAUGUAUCCCAUUUCCCCCAUUCAGAUGGACAACCUGCCACCCACACAGAGUUCAGCCCACGCUGACCUUCAAUUCACAGAGAAGAAGUCUCAGGAGCUGCUGUCUAGUGGAAUCCACGCGACUGUCACCCCCGAAACUGACACCAGUACAGAUUUAACAGCGAACUCCAGGCUGAGCAGCAACCUCCGCUACCCCUCUCUGCCGGGGAACCUGGACGUCGCCUCGGAGCCGUCCGAGAUCCCGAAACACCUCUCCGAUCCUUCCCUGCCCGCCAUCUGACGACCAGUGUGACUUUCAAAACCGUAAACCUCUGCUGCUUUAAGACUCUUUUGGAAGGAAAAGUUGUAUUUCCGACUUUCGGAAGGCACCGCGUGAUCAGGUCUGUAUAUUCAGCAACAAGAUUCCUCGAUGGUAUUUGGACAAGUAGUGUAGAAAUCGGAUAGUGGUGACCGACAAGGACUUCCAUGUCACAGGUUAAACACAUCAUCUGCUGCAUUUACGAAGUAAACUCCAGAAUAAUACUUGAAAACAUUUACACUCCUUUGAAUGUAUGAUGUGAAAGAGUUAUCAUACUUUUUAAUGGACAUUUGUUCUAGUGAUGUUCUUGUUGUCCUCUUUUACAAUUACAGCUCGAUACAUUUUUCACAGCCCCUGUUCCAUCCUGACUCAUUUUUAAAUCCUCAGUAAUUGACUUAAAUGUUUUCUAUCCACUGACCAGAGCCUCGGCGUUGACAAUACUGAUAUUAAUUUGAGAAUUAAGGCUUGGUUUCACAUAUUGGGAUACGUUUAGAUGCAAAGAUGAAUACCACACACAUCCAGACGGUAAAUAUGGCAUUAUACAGGGAGCAAAAGGUUAGCAUAGUUUAGCGCAAAGACCAUAAACAAGGAAGCAAUGAACCAGCUGUAAGUUGUAAUUUAGUUGCUGUUUAUUUAAUUUUUAGCAUUCUCUCUGAAACCCAACAAUAAAACAAAAUAGAGGUAACAUCUAGCAUGUUGGAGAAGGCUCCCAGCAUUGAGAUCCAACACAACAGCUAGCUAGCUAGCUAACAAGAACUUAACUAAUGUUAGUUAGGCACUGAUAUUACUAAUAAUAACCAAUAGUAACCAUAACUUUGAGAUACAGUUUUGUAUAUAUGAGCAUCUGGCUCAUAUAGUCUUGCUAGAUCAACGUUAACUAGCUAGCUAUCACUAUAGCUUUAGCUCAUUCUAGCCGAUUAUCUUGGAGCAGACGAGGGGGGUGGGGCCUUCCACACAGUUUGAUCCACUUCAGGCUCCACUCCUGUUGUGUUUUUGGCUUCAGGAAGAACACGACUCCCCCAGCUAAACUCUUGUGAUACGUAGUGUCCGACUUACAGAGGCCAUAGACACACACGCUUCACCAUGUAGCUUGUGGAGGUCGGCAGGUUGACUGACCUUGUUUACGUAGUAACGGUUGCUAGGAUGUAUGAUUGGACAAUGACCGUAUGGGGGCCGGGAUUUGCGAAAGUAUGGUGUCAUUACAGUAAUGUGCUAGGCUAAGCUAAAUUAAGCUAAGCUAAGCUGUCGAUUCAUAUUUUGCGUACAGACAUGAAUGGCUUCUACAUGUUUCACACAACGUCAAAAAUAAUAUACAUUAAAAAAAUAAAAAUAUGUGGAACAUUAUUCUAUUUAUUUUUAUAAAGAUCCAUUGAAUUUGUUGAAACGUGACUCAAUCAUUUACAUAGUGCUACACAGUUUGUCUCUAUGCGACGGCUUUCUUUUUCUAAACUACCACAAACAUAUCUCAGCAGCCUUUCUUUAUUUAUCAUUAGCUAACAUACAGUAUGAACCACAUUCCUGGAACCUACUCUAACUGUAUUGACCUGGCUCCAGUCUAUGGAGAAUUGAUUUCUUUGAAUUCAUUUAGCGCCCCAGGCUGACACAGUUGCACCAAACAUGCAAACAACAACCACUUCACUUCCAUGUCUUGUAUUAACCCAUCCAGGCAUCACAUAGAAGGAACUCACAGCAUUUGUUAUCAGUUUCUCUAAUUUACCUUCAUUGUACUACAGAGAUCUUGAAUGAUGUUCUUCAGGCAGUAUUUUCUCAGUUAGUGG